AUGCCCGUCUGCGAAGUGGCCAGCAGGCAGCGAUGUCCGCAGGCCAGUGGGCUGGAAAGCCUGGCGCAUCUAGUGCGUUCUGUGGAGGAAACCCCUCAUCCCAUCCCCACCACCAUCAAGGGAACUGUUCCAACCUGGAUCAAUGGGAGCUUCCUGAGGAAUGGCCCUGGGAAGUUUGAAUUUGGGAAUGACAGGCAGCGAUGUCCGCAGGCCAGUGGGCUGGAAAGCCUGGCGCAUCUAGUGCGUUCUGUGGAGGAAACCCCUCAUCCCAUCCCCACCACCAUCAAGGGAACUGUUCCAACCUGGAUCAAUGGGAGCUUCCUGAGGAAUGGCCCUGGGAAGUUUGAAUUUGGGAAUGACAGAUACACCCACUGGUUUGACGGCAUGGCCAUGAUGCACCGGUUCCACAUCUGUGAGGGCAGUGUCACCUAUAGCAGCCGUUUCCUGCGAAGUGACUCAUAUGUCCGCAACUCAGAGAAGAACCGCAUCGUGGUGUCAGAGUUUGGGACGUUAGCCAUGCCUGAUCCCUGCAAGAACUUCUUUGCACGCUUCUUUUCACGCUUUCAGAUUCCUAAGGCCACAGAUAACGCCAGUGUGAACUUUGUCAAGUACAAGGGAGACUAUUAUGUCAGCACAGAAACCAACUACAUGAGACGAAUAGAUCCACAGAGCCUGGAGACAAAGGAGAAGGUGGACUGGAGUCAAUAUAUUGCUGUCAACUCAGCUACAGCUCAUCCACAUUAUGACCGUGAGGGGGCCACAUACAACAUGGGCAACUCUUAUGGAAAAAGCGGUUUCUUCUACAACAUCAUCCGUGUGCCUCCUCCUGAGGAGAAGACAGCCACAGAGGACUCUGCAGACCUGCAUGGAGCCAAAGUGAUCUGCUCCAUCCGUGCAGCUGAACCAAGGAAACCUUCCUAUUAUCACAGCUUUGUCAUGUCGGAGAACUAUAUUGUGUUCAUUGAGCAGCCAAUCAAACUGGAUCUGCUGAAGUUCAUGCUGUACAGAAUCCAGGGAAAGAGCUUUCAUAAAGUCAUGACCUGGGAGCCUCAGUAUGAAACCAUCUUCCACUUGGUCAACCGGCACACUGGGAAGGAGAGCAAAGUGAAGUACCGUGCGGCACCCAUGUUCACGCUUCAUCAGAUCAAUGCUUUUGAAGACAACGGCUUCUUGGUUAUGGACAUGUGCUGUGGGGACGAUGGUGAAGUCAUUGGAGAAUUCACACUGGAGAACGUCCGCAGAGGCACGGGAGAUGAAAUGGAUAAGUUUUACAACUCGCUGUGCAGAAACCUCCCAAGACGAUACAUCCUACCCUUGACUGUGGACGAACACACUCCUUUGGAGCAAAACCUUGUCACUCUGCAUAACUAUAAAGCCACAGCAAAGAAGACAAUGUCAGGCGAGGUUUAUAUGACCCAUGAGGAACUUCACGAUGAUGAGCUGCUGCAAUACGGUGGCCUUGAGUUCCCUCAGAUCAACUAUGAUCAGUACAAUGGCAGACCUUACCGCUACUUCUAUUCCUGUGGCUUUGGACAUGUCUUCGGUGACUCGCUGCUCAAGAUGGAUGUCCAGACCAAGGGGCUUAAGGUGUGGCGUUAUCCCGGCUUGUACCCGUCUGAGCCUGUCUUUGUUGCUUCGCCCAGAGCUACUGAGGAAGAUGAUGGAGUGGUCUUGUCAGUCAUUAUCACACCCAGAGAAGAGAAAAGUACUUUCCUGCUUGUCCUGGAUGCCAAGACCUUUACUGAGCUGGGAAGAGCAGAGGUCCCUGUCAAUAUCCCAUACGGGACCCACGGCGUGUUUAACGAGAUGGGCUAGAAGUGCCACUGUUUACAGCUCUGUGGCAAAUUGCUGAAACUGAACCAGCAACCAGUCAUUUUAUCCACAGAAUAUAAUAUUUCUGUCAAUGUCAUUGCCAGAAAAAUGGCAAUCUUUUGGACUCUAACAAGACAGAAAGCCCAGCAUGGCAUCAGCACGCUGAUAAAGGUUGUCCUCUAUGUGCUCUUAACUGUUCUUGUAAGAUUUUGAAACAGUCUUUAGACAAUGCAUAGGGUGCUUACAUGGAAGAACUAAUUCAACUACAUGGAAAAUAUUUUUAAGAAACACCAACAGCAUGAAAGUCAAUACACACAUUAAAAUAAAAUCCAUUUCCCCUUUUUCUGUUUAAACCCAUAGUGUUUUUGCAUCAUCAUGCCACUGGAAACGCUAUACUCCCAGUGAGAACAGAACAGCACUUAGGAAACAUAAAAAUGCAUCAGAGGAAAUUCAAUUUCUGUUGAAGUAACGUGAUAGAAAUGGACAACGUCUGAAAACAAAUGGAUGUAACUGGUCGAUAGCCUCCAGAGAGUCUACAGAGGUCACAUCACAAACGUAGCGCUGUUUAUACGCUCAAAACAACCCAAAACAAAGUUGACAUACACAUAAACACUGACAUGUAGGACCUUGAAAACGAACAAGAGCAGUUUGUUGUUUCAUUGUAUUAAACUGUGAGCUGAACAGAACAGUGCUGAAUAAAACACAAA